UCUCCCUGCAGGCUAACAUCUGAGUACUGAUCAUCAUUAAACCUCAAGUAUUCUGUCUUGUUUCUAGGUAGUUUCAAUCCUAUGUCCUCCAAAGCCCUUCUUCGUUCUUACAACUUCCUCACCACUUGCUCUUGUCAUCAGAAAUAUAUGUCAAAGAAUCGGAAUAUUAUAUUAUUUGGGUACAACUAAACUAACUAAUUAUCUUUGUGUUAAAUGAUUUCUCAGCUUCUGUAAAGAACAGAGAAGAAACUGAAUCCCCAUAAUGUGGAGGAAUACUUCCGACAAAAUUAUAUACUAUCUUGAACAAUGGAGGACUACUGGAUUAGAAGAUUUGAAGACAGAGAUUAUGAAGAAGCACGGGAGGUUUUAAUCAGUGGCAUGAAUGAACAAUCCUCAACAUUGUUCAGAUGUGCUCUCCAGCAGCCCGGGAUACAGUUGGCUCUGCUCUCUGUCUUCUGCUUCUUUUUCCUGAAUUCUGCCUCCUUCUUGUUGUCUUCAGUAGUACUUGCCUUAACAGUCUUGGCAGUAAAUCGCACAGCAUAUCAGUUUAUCAGCAUCUCUUGGACUGAAGUAGCCUUAAAAGAUGACCUGCUGGAUAUCAACAAAAGCUACAUGGAAAACAGUGAUUCUUGUUUUUGGGUAGCAGAGUGCAAUGGGAAAGUAGUGGGAACCAUUGCAACACUGCCUUUUAAAGAGUUGGUGGGAGCCUUGGAACUGAAACGCUUGUCUGUCAGAAGGGGAUACAGGGGCAGAGGUAUUGGAAAAGCCCUCUGCAGAGCUGUCAUUGAUUUUGCCAAGGCAAAUGGCUUCCAAAGCAUAGUGCUGUGCACAUCUGUGAUCCAACUUGAAGGGAAGAAGCUUUAUGAGAGAUUAGGCUUUAAGAAAAUGAAAGAGUACUUCUGGCCCUCACUAAUAGGAAAAGCAUUAGGCCUGGUGUUACUCCAUUAUAAAUAUGAUAUUUCUCUUCUUCACAAAGAUAAUUAAAAUGGUACUACAAUAUUACUAGCUGUUUUACUACAUUUACCAUUAGAACACCAAAAAACCCAGCUAGCCAAAUACACUCGGGCCACACGCAGCCAGAUUUCCUCAAACCAGAUCCUUAUCAGUCAGCUCAGGUACUGGUGUAGCAUGAGGGCAGAGUCUGUUUGGAAUGACUGGCCAGCUCUAUUUCAAGUGAUUUGGGACAGAUAUUGCAGCCGACCUCACCAGAAUCCACCUGUUAAUAAUUUAUACUUGAAGUUAGAAUUGUGCUAGUUCUGUUCCAGCUAGUAUAAUACACUCGGGAUCUCAACUGGACAGAUUUCUCCAAGUUGGAUCUUAAUCAGUCCACCCAGAUGUGGCUGUAUUACUCAGUCCGACACUGUUUGGAAUGACAGUCUGUCUCUGGCCUAACCUGCUCCAGCCAGAAGUUGCAGCCAUUCGCUCCCCAAAGCAGCUGGCACUGCACCAGAAUCCACCCACUAAUAUCUUAUACUUGAUGGCAGAAUUGCGCACUUGACUUGAACUCGUUAGCAAAGACUGCACAGCUCUUGGUCAAGUCAGUCAGGGUAGCAAAAGACCCUGCAAUCAAUAUGCCAGAAUCUGCUGCUUCAUGUCAGAAUCUCCCCAAUUCCUUCUGGUGAUCAAUUCCUUUACUGCAUUAAC